CCAAUUUGACGUAUUAGUGAGGAAGAAGUAGAGAUCAAGCCAUUUUCGCAAGUUGGUUUCAAUAAAGCCAUUUUUGGACUAACGAAGAAGUUUUGGGCCCUGAUAUUUACAGUAGCCUGUUUUUAUAAUGCUACGCUAUAGUGGCACGUUUUAUUUUCCAAUUCAUGACCCCUUUAAAAUCUCUUGCUUUUUCUAAUUAAACUCAUUGUUGGCAUUCAGAGCUUUAGAAUUCUGUUAUUUAAUUUCCAAAUUUGGUAAAUUUGGAAAAAGACCCGAUGAAAGCAUUGGGAGGGGUCUGAAAAUUCAAAAUGGCGGAAAAUCUAGUGGGACGAAUGAUUUGGCCUGACUAAAGGAAUCGGAAGAUUCUUCCUAUUUACAGUAUACAGUGUGUCUACAUAGUACAUUGAAUUAUUUAUUUAUUUUAUUAUUGAACAAAACACUGAAUUUAUAAAGGAAAAUCUGUUUUUCUCUUAUAUGACCCCUUUAAAUACUCUCUAUUUCUAAGAAUUUAUAUUUUACACCACAUCUACUGUAUAUUGCAUGUACACACUCACAGUGCAGACAUAUUAAUUGAUUAUAAUGUGAGUGUUCUAGUUUUGUUGAGUGGGUCACUAGCAGUGCAGCAGACAGUUUGAUCCAGAACAACUUGCUUUAGCUUCACAUGAAGUUGCUUGCCAGUUUGGGGAAGGUUCUUUUUUCUAGUGUUUCUGAGAGCACAGUUAUUAUUAGAAACUGGUCUCUGAAGUUCUUCCUUUAAAAUAAGUGAACAAGAAGUUUUCAAACACAUGGCAUAACGGAAGUAUAAGAGCAGUUCGAGAGACAUCAAGACUGACACAUACAAGAUGCAAUGGAUGAAGUCAUCAGUGGGUGUUCAGAGAGAGUGGUAUCUGGUUUUGCUCUGUGUUUUGCACAUAUGGAUUGGAUCCACUAAUGGGUGCCUCGUUGAAGGAGGUGAUUAUGACUUCUCCUUGCGGCUGGAAGAGAACCACAUCAGUGCUCUGGGUGGAUGUGUCCGGAUCCCUUGUGCAUUCACUGCUCCAAUGAGAGCACACUCUGGCCGACAGGUCUGGUUCAGAGGCAGCCCAGAGUUCCCACUCAGCUCACCAGAGGCAGACAAACAAGAUAACUUGAUCAUGUUGGCAUCUGUAGAAUUAGAAUGCAGCAUUAUUCUGCGGGAUCUUAUUGGGCAGGACAGGACUGAAGAGUAUGGACUCAUGUUAGAAUGGGGAACAGACAAAAAACACAUUUUUUCGGAGAGAGUUAAAGUAUCUACUGCGAAUCUUACUCUAAGCACUGGGGUCCUCAUAGCUGGAGAGAGAACUUUUCUGUCCUGCAGUUUUCAAGUUUCAUGUCCUGAUAAUAAGCCAGAAGUGAUCUGGAAAGGGCUUGGCUCAAAACAACUUUCUUCAACUUUUGGUUCAUUCAGUACAAAACAUUAUUCUGAAAAACUCUUGUACACACCUUUCCCUGAAGAUCACCAAAAAGAGGUCACAUGUGAAGCAACGUUUGGAAGAAAUCUGAGCACCAAUGUAGCAGUGACUUUAACCGUUUACUCUCAUCCACAGAUACUGAACAGCUCUGCAUGCACUCUGCAACAGGAUCUCCUCACCUGUGUGUGUGUCAGUCAGGGUGUGCCUUUGCCUGAUAUUCACUGGCCUCUGCUACAGGACGAUCAUCAUACUACCACAGUUAGAGCAUCAGAUGGUCACAUCACUGUAAACAGCACCUUCACUAUGACUGAUGUGGACUUCACCAUCAACAGCACAGUGAUGUGCAUCAGCAGAAAUGACCUUGGCUUGGCAAAUAAGACCCUUAAAGUGAACAUAAUUGAAGGCCUCCAGAGUGGACAUGUCCUUAAGUGGACCUUCAGAGGUCUUGCAAUUGCCCUAUUGCUAGCACUGAUUGUCUGUGCACUGUGUAUUUGGAUAAGAACUAAAUCUCAGAGACUAACUAAAGAGACAUACAGCGCGCUGGAAGAGAAAGUAGAAACUGAGCAUGACACUGUAAGCAUGACAUGAAGCAAAUGCUGGAGAAUGCAUCACUAUUACACUGAGAUUAUUAUCUUCAACAAAUCAAUGGAAUCUCUAUAGUUUCACAUCAAGCGCUUUUUGGCUUUUUUUUUUUUAAAUCUUUGUUGUAAUGACUAUUCAUGAAAGAACUUGUUCAAUUGCAAAAAUGUGUAUUCAAAUCGUUUGAUCUUUCUAAUUAAACUCACUGUUGGCAUUCAGUCAUUUCUUAUGGGUAUUCUUCUAUAGUGUUGUUAACUGGUAGAAAUCUCAACAUAAAAAUGUCAGCAGCAGCAGCAUAUCCUCACUGUAAGAAAUCUUUUCCAUACAUUUGUAAUAAUAUCAGGAAUGUGCUUUCAUUUAAGUGCUGUAAGAAAAUGGUUCUGAGUAGAAAAGAAUCAUUCUUUUACCAGUUUGCUCAACACUUAAAAAUAUAUAUAUUAUAUAUUUAAGCCUAUUUUUUUUUAGUUGUUUCAAUUAAAUAACAACAUUCUAUCAAACUGAAUUGCAUAAGUUUUAACAAAAAUUAAAUUAGUUUUAUUUUAUGUAUUUAUUUAUUUAUGAAACCAGUGCUAUGUUGGCAAAAAGACAGUUUGGUGUGAAUGAAAUAAUAAAAGCAAUAGAAAAGGGCCACCAGAGGGAGACAUCAAAACCAGCUAUAGACAUCAAAUUCAACAUAGAAGUGGCUUUAGUAAAAACUGUUAAUGAAUGCAAAGGUUGUCUAUGCUUUUUCAUUGAUUUACCUUUUUAAAAAGCAAAAAUACAUUUGAGUCUCAAAUUUUGAGAUCAAUGAAUUCAGAGUUUUAGCUUAUCCUACUCAGGGAAGGGUCAGUAUUGCCAG